AUGGCAUUACAUCUAGCGUUAGGUCUAUGUGUCUAUCUGCUAUUGACACAAGGUGCGGAAGGAAAUAUUGAUGAUUUUGACUGUGUUGAGAUAUACAAACAACCAGCUUUCCAACAUCCUUUGUUGAAAAAUCACAAGAUUCAGGAAACAUUCAGCUCAUAUGAGAAUCCUGAAAGAAGCAACAAAUAUGAAACAGAAGAGCAUUGUCCAAAAGGAACGGUUCCAAUUUUUAGACAGAGAAAUGGAUCUGAGAGCUUUCAUGUGAACACAGCCGAGUAUUUCGGUCAACAUUUUGCAACAAUUGAGACCAUGGUAGAUGGAAGUAUCUAUCGAGGAGCUGAAGCUGAUAUAAGUGUUCAUUCUUUAAACUUAAAAGAUAAUCAAUAUAGUAAAAGUCAAAUGUGGUUAGAGAAUGGACCUCCAGAUCAACUCAAUAGUAUACAAGCUGGUUGGGCGGUGCAUCCAAGAUUGUAUGGUGAUAGUGUCACACGAUUUACAAUAUAUUGGACUAGAGAUCGUUAUGGAAAAACAGGGUGCUACAACACACAAUGCCCUGGUUUUGUUGUUGUAAGUGGAAAUCCCAGAAUUGGGAGAGGAUUUUGGGGCUCCUCUAUCUACGGUACAUCGAGCCUUUUCUUUACAACAGAAAUUUUUCAGGAUGGCUUUAGCGGAAACUGGGCACUUAAAAUAGGUAAUGAAGUAAUUGGUUACUGGCCCAAAGAGUUAUUUACACACUUAAACAAAGGUGCUUCUCUGGUGAGAUAUGGAGGGAAUACCUUUAUAUCCCCUGACCGAAUCAGCCCUCCAAUGGGAAAUGGACAUUUUCCAGUUUUUGAUUUUAAGAAAUCAGCACAUUUCAAAAAUGUCGUGAUCAUAAACUCCAACUAUAAAAAAGUUUAUGUUGAAGAUAGAAAAUUAAGACGUUAUGCUGAUAAUCAUAGUUGCUAUAGGGUGACAUAUUGGGGUUAUAGCAAAUCCAAUGGAGUGUCCUUCUCAUUUGGAGGUCCAGGUGGAAAUUGUGAUAUUUGA